AUGAAUAUAAUUAUACAAAAUCAAUCGCUCUUAACAAUAGAAACACAAUUAGUACAUGUUGAAAAGAAAAUUGUGGUUCCAAUAAAACUUCCUUCAAUACGUUGUGUUGUAUAUACACGUUUUCGUGGAGGUCGUCUUGGUAAUCGAAUGUUUACCAUGGCCACUGCCUAUGCUCUUGCUCGCCUUCAUUCUUGUCAUUUGUUCAUUCUACCAGUAAUGCUAGGAGAAAUAAGAUCUGUCUUUGUUUUUAAUCUUCCACCUUUUCUUUUGUCAAUGCGUAUGUUUAAACUGAUAUCGAAAAAUAUUUCUGAUCCAAUGAAAAAAAUUACCAGAGAUAUUAUUUGUCAAUAUAUUCCUGAAUUGAUACGUCCAAAUGCCAUAGUAGAAGGAUCUAUAUUCGAAGUCAAAGGUUUUUGGCAAUCAUAUCUACAUUUUGAUAGAUAUCGUGAUGAAUUACGAAAUCAUCUUUUCGUUGCAAGACAACCGUUACUUGAGAAAGUCUCGAAAUUAUUUAUUGAUAUUUAUGAACGACUGUUUGACUUUAAACCUCAGUUUUCAUUAGAAAACCAUCAAUCAUUAAAAAAGCAAUUAGCUCAAUUGAACUGGACAACAUGGAUUGGAAUUCAUGUACGUCGUGAUGACUUUAUUUCCUUAAAUUAUUCUUCAACCGAUGAAUAUUUAUUUGCUGCUAUUGAUUAUUACACUUUACAUUAUUCAAAUGUUCAUUUUAUUGUUGCAAGUGAUGAUAAAUCUUAUUGUAAAAGAUUAUUUCGCCAUCGAUCGAAUAUUUAUAUUACACCAUCAUCAUUUUCCAUGGGUGAUGAUUUAAUAACACUUUCACUUUGUGAACAUUCAAUCAUAACUGGUGGAACAUUUGGAUGGUGGACAGGUUAUCUUGCUAAUGGUGAAGUGAUCUAUGAUACGAUGUAUAUCUCUGGAUGUGUAAAAGAUGAACACUACUAUCCAUUGUGGUUUACAACUCAUGUAAAUAUACGAAAGCAUAAAAAUAUCUCAUAA